AUGGCUUCAUCCUCAUAUCUUGCACCUCUGCGGCGCUUUUGUACCGCUUCAAGACUGAGGUCCCCAGUGCGAAGGGCUGUGCACACGGCGAUGCCAUCGCUGGACAUCUCCCCGUUCCUCUCAGGGGGCAGUGGGGCCGAAAAGCAGCGCUGUGCGCGAGAACUCGACCGAGCAUGUAGAAGCACAGGGUUCUUCUACCUGGACGGCCAUGGCGUUUCAGAGCACGAGGUCCAAAACCUGCACAGGCUAGCCAGGGAGUUCUUCGCCCUACCGAGCGCGGCCAAGGAAGCUAUUGCUCUUUGUUCAGACGAAGACUUUGCAAGAGGAUAUCAGAAGCUGGGCAUGAAUGUGACCAAGAACGAGAAGGAUUGGCAGGAAGCCAUUGACUUCUUUGCGGAGGCCCGUACCGGCAGCGUCAAUUUGAGCUCAAUGUCGUCGCUGCAAGGUAUUGACGCAAAAGAGCGGGAAAGAGUACAACAGUUCGUUGAAGGACGGAACCGGUGGCCAGAAGAGCCAGCCGACUUCAAGCGCGUGGCAGAGGCCUACUUUGCAAAGAUGGCAACAGUGGGAUCGGCCUUGACCAGAGCUAUGGCCACUGCUUUCGGGUUGCCUGAGAACCACUUCGAUCCAAUGAUGAAUGAAAGCUUCUGGGGAGCUCGUAUCAUUGGCUACCCUGCUCUGCCGGUUGAUGCACCCGGCCUCUCUUGUGGAGAGCACACAGACUACGGCUGCUGGAUCAUUUUGGCACAGGACGAAACGCAGGGGGCCCUUGAGGCGAAGCUACCUUGUGGCAGGUGGGAGGCAAUUCCGCCAGUGCCUGGAAAGCUGGUUGUCAACCUGGGUGACAUGCUCAGUGUUUGGACUCGGGGCCACUGGGUGGCCACAGAGCAUCGAGUGCGACACACGUCGGCGAACUUCAGGACAUCCGUCGUGUAUUUCCACGAGCCCAAUUUCGAUGCUGUCAUUCGUCCCCUGGACCUUUCGACCGUUCCGCGGCCGGACGUGGAGCCGGGGUCUCCUGCCCUGGCGCGAGGCCUGGCAGGUGAGUCCUGCGUCUAUGGAGAACACCUUUUCGCCCGCGUCUCUCAGAACUAUGACUUCUCCGUUUAA